AGUGUGGGAGCUCCGCCAGCUGGCCUGAGGGUGUGAGCAAUCACUCUUCUGCGGAAAGAAGCGAAGACGGAGAUGGAGAAGUCGUUCCUCGUAUUUCACUGUAAAAACCCCGAGGGGUCACAUGCCGACGUGCUGGCCAUGGGGAGUGGCUCCUUACGAGGAAGCUGUGCCCAGUGCUCGACUUGGGUAUUUCCCUGUGCACGGGCUACAGAAGGGAAGGCAGCAAGGCGGGCACGUGCUGUCCAAAGAGGAGCAUAAAGGAACAAAUCCACUUGAGCCCCUGCGUCCCCAGCCUUGCUCAGUGUCUGCAGCACCGCGUGGACGUGUGCGUGGACUCACACGCCCUCCAGGUCUGCUCGCCGACGCAGGAGCCACCAAGCGGCCAGUUUUUCUCAGGUCACUUCAGCGCCACAAUCAGAAUCCCCUCGGCACACCUCGCCCGCCUUGUCCUCCAGACUCGCCAGGCUCCGCGGGCCAGCGAGAACCGGCACGUCCUGUCAGUGUGCACGCGCGUGCGUCCACACUGCGUGGACGUGGGCGUGUCCCAUACCGUUUCCUGGAGGGAGACCGCUCCAGCAUGAAGAAUGAACCGCUCGCCGCUCCACCGCAGCCCCCGAGAGCGCACAGGCCCGUGGGAGCUGCGUCCCAAGCAAACGAGGGUCCUGUUGGGUGUCUGAGGACCAGCUCCUUGUGGGCCACCGCCCUCAGCUGUCUGUUCGAGUCUUGGCCCCUGAGAGGAGAAAGCUACUGUCCCUCUGGGCAAUUCCUUCUCUCUUUUGCAGUUUAAGUAAAUACCUAGGAAAGGCGGCAGAAGGUGUGCCCGUGAGAUUCCCAGGUAGCAUCGGAAGCAGGAGAGAAACAUGGCUCCCCCCCCCCCCCCCCACCGUCCUUCUAGCCCCACCCCUCUAGGGUUUCACCUCCCUCACUCGUCAUCCACUCAACACAUCUGGCGCCUGCUCUGUGCUACAUUUUGUGCGAGGCCCUGAGGAUACAAGCAUGGAUAAGAUGGCAUCCCUGCCCGCAGGGUACCAGCCGAGGCCAGCCCGGGGUACAGCCUCGUGUCCUCCACCCCGAGUGCGGGGCAAGGGAGAAACAGACGGCGGAUCCUUGAUGACUUCUUGCAAGCGAACGGUUCAGAGAGGAAAGUCUUCCAGGCUUCCGGUCUUACCUGGAAACCCGAAGGCAGUGCUGGGCGGUUAAAACUCGGUUUGUGGCUCCUUCUCCUGACCUCACACCGCUGGUCAUUCCGGAGGAACUCUCUGGAGCAUAAAGUCCUCAGCUUAGGAGGUGGCCUCCGUGUGGUUGGUCCUGCACAAGGAGACCUCCUAAAGAUGGUGACACUGAAGCACGAUUGGUCUGGAAAGAUCUGCCGCCUUCACACAGAAAUGUAGAAGGGGCAAGGGGCCCCCCGGAGAAGUUUCAGGCACUUGUCUGCUCCUUAUUAGAGUCCACAAGCCACACCACGUGAUGGGGAAGCACUGACUAUCAGGAAGCAGACAGAAGGCCUGUGUUCACAUCCCCUUGAAUCCGGUGGCUUCUCCGAAGACAGAAUUUCCCAGAGCAAAGUCUGGGCCAUUGGAA